UUAUAUGUUGACGUAGUAAUUAGUAAUUUAUGGGUAUAAUAACAAAUGCCCGAAUAAAUUCUAUAAGGUAGUAUAAAUGGAAAACUUUGCUAAAACAUUCUGCAGGCUUUGCCUCGACGUCAUAGUAGAUGGGAAUUUCAAAAUAAUAGAAGAGACUAUUAAAGAAGUUCUAGAGGUUCUUCUGUUGAAACUGAGAAUAGAAGAAAAUAUUAAGCCUAUAAUAUGCAGUACUUGUUCCAUCAGACUAUUUGAGGCAUUUCAAUUUAAAGCGAUGUGUACAGACACUGAGGAUAGUAUUUUUCCUCACGUUAGUUCUGAAAAUGUGGCACCAGUUGAUUUAAAAGAUAUUUAUCUAAAAGGAAGAGGUAAGGAACACUUAAGAGGUUUAUUGGAAGACGAAAAACUUUGUCGAUUGUGUAUGCAGUUAGACACCUGUGGAUUUACAUCAGUAAAAGAUGUGGAUUUUGACAUAAUCACUAAAUAUAUUCCGGAAGUAAAUUUUAAUUCCACCGAGGAUCCAGUUAUUUGUACAGCUUGCCUUGAUUCUCUGAACACUCAUGGCAGGUUUUUAAAAAUGUGUUCAGAUAUAGACGAGCAAAUUUGUGAUGGUAAAACUACAGGGGAUCGAUUAUAUAUUGAUACUGAAGAGAUUGAAAUAAAAUCUGAAGAAAACAAUGAAGAUAGCGAUUCUCCCCUAUAUAACAACAAUGAAUCUUCAGUCAGCAUAAACCAGAGUAAUUCUUUACAAAAUUUGACGGAAGUGGAUGAAAAUGAUAAAUACGAAAUUAAAACUAACUGCGAGAGAAAGCACAUAAGAGGCAUAUCAGAGACGAUCUCCAACAAACCUGAUACAUGUGGUUACAAAAUCAAGGGCAAUGAUAAAUUAAAACUCGAAUCCAAGCUCAACAGCAGCCUUUCACCCCACCAAAUAAAUCACAAAGACAUUUCUAAGCCACGGUUAUAUGAAUGCGAUACGUGCGGCUUCAAAGUGAAACGUAAGUGCCACCUUAGAACGCAUCUACUCAAACACAAAAGUCCCUUUGAGGUGCAAAUGUACCACUGCAAUACGUGCAAUUUCAAAUCCAAAUAUAAACAAAGUAUCGCAAAACAUCAACUGGUGCACGUAGAUUACUCCAAGGAGCCGACGUUCAUAUGUUGCACAUGCGGUGCGAAGUUCAAGCAGAAAAGAUACCUUCUGCGCCAUCAACUAAGUCACACAGACAGUUCUGAAUUGCNGGGAUUAUAA